AUGUCGGGGUACGAGACAAAUUUAUAUCUCUACUCGGAAGAAUUGGAAGAUCGUCCCCGUAUUUCGCUUAUACUCAAUUCUUUGGCCAACUAUAGCAACACGAUUCCAGCACCAGCGGAUCCAGAUGCGAAACCAGUCACUGGAGGAGCUCGUAUGGGUACCCUUAUCGGGGUAUACCUUCCAUGCAUUCAAAACAUUUUCGGCGUCAUUCUUUUCAUUCGGUUGACUUGGGUCGUCGGUACUGCUGGUGCCAUCGCUGGAUUUCUUAUCGUUUUCUGCUGCUGCUGUGUGACCAUGUUAACGGCUAUAUCGAUGAGUGCGAUAGCAACGAACGGUGUGGUUCCCGGCGGAGGUUCUUAUUUUAUGAUAUCUAGAUCGUUAGGGCCCGAGUUUGGAGGAGCCGUGGGCAUGUUAUUUUACACCGGUACGACUCUUGCAGCUGCUAUGUAUAUUAUCGGAGCCGUGGAAAUCGUGAUCACCUACAUGGCACCAAAUAUAUCAAUUUUUGGAGAUUUUACAAAAGACCCGAGCAUUAUGUAUAAUAAUUUUCGCGUGUACGGUACAAUAUUGCUCCUCAUAAUGGGUUUGAUCGUUUUCGUCGGCGUGAAAUUCGUUAAUAAAUUUGCUACCAUCGCUCUCGCCUGCGUUUUGCUAUCGAUAAUUGCUGUCUACGCCGGCAUUUUCGUCAACUUUAACGGAAACGACAAAUUAAUGAUGUGCGUAUUGGGAAAUCGUUUACUCAAGGACAUUGACAUUUCCGAAUGCAAUAAAACAUCGGAAAUACUUCGAACAAUUUUUUGCGGUAACGGAACUGAUGAAUUUGGAUCAAGUUGUGAUCCCUAUUGGUUAAAGAAUAAUGUGUCGAUUGUGCGUGGAAUUAAAGGAUUAUCCAGCGGCGUAUUUUUAGACAAUAUUCGUCCGAGCUUUUUAGACGAAGGACAAUAUAUUUCAAGAACGAUGAAUCCCGAAGAUAUCGAACCAUUGGACAGGCCGAGUUACAAUCAAGUCAUGGCGGAUUUAACGACAACCGUAACAAUACUCAUCGGUAUAUUUUUUCCAUCGGUUACCGGUAUCAUGGCCGGAUCGAACAGAUCAGGAGACUUGGCAGACGCACAAAAAUCCGUUCCGAUCGGUACGAUUUGCGCCAUAUUGACAACUUCCACGGUUUACUUGUCGGCCGUUUUACUGUUUGCCGGAACCGUUGAUAAUUUGCUCCUAAGAGACAAAUUCGGACAAAGUAUCGGUGGUAGAUUGGUGGUGGCAAACAUUGCUUGGCCUAACGAGUGGGUCAUUUUAAUCGGAUCUUUCUUAUCGACUUUAGGAGCGGGAUUACAAAGCUUGACGGGAGCACCACGUUUGUUACAAGCCAUUGCUAAAGAUGCGAUAAUACCGUUUUUAGCACCUUUUUCUGUAUCUUCCAGUCGGGGAGAACCCACUAGAGCUUUAGUUCUUACACUGUGCAUUUGCCAAUGUGGAAUACUUUUAGGAAAUGUUGAUUAUUUGGCACCCUUGCUCUCAAUGUUUUUUCUCAUGUGUUACGGAUUUGUUAAUUUAGCUUGCGCCGUACAAACAUUGUUGAGAACACCCAACUGGAGACCAAGGUUUAAAUAUUAUCAUUGGUCUUUAAGUUUUAUCGGUUUGUCUUUAUGCAUUGCUGUCAUGUUCAUGACGAGUUGGUAUUAUGCUCUCGUAGCUAUGGGAAUGGCUGGACUCAUUUAUAAAUAUAUAGAAUACAGAGGCGCUGAAAAAGAAUGGGGCGAUGGAAUUCGCGGUCUCGCAUUGUCCGCUGCUAGAUAUUCUUUAUUACGUCUUGAAGAAGGACCCCCUCAUACUAAAAAUUGGAGACCACAAAUACUCAUACUUGCCAAACCGAACGAUGAAUUAAAUCCAAAAUACAGGAAAAUAUUUUCAUUUGCUGCACAGUUGAAAGCUGGAAAAGGAUUGACGGUAUGCGUUUCCGCAAUAGCCGGAGAAUAUGCAAAAAAUGCGAGCGAAGCUUUGGCAGCUAAACAAAGCUUAAGAAAAGUUAUGGAUGAAGAAAGGGUCAAAGGAUUUGCCGACGUAGUCGUUGCCAAAUCUAUUCCGGAUGCUUUAAGUCAUUUAGUACAAACAACCGGUUUGGGUGGAAUGAAACCGAAUACCGUAAUACUUGGAUGGCCGUACGGAUGGAGACAAUCAGAAGACGAUCGAACGUGGCACGUAUUUUUAAAUACUGUCAGAACCGUCGCAGCGGCAAGGUUGGCACUACUCGUACCCAAAGGAAUAAAUUUUUUCCCGGAUUCGACCGAAAAGAUUUCCGGUCACAUCGAUGUCUGGUGGAUAGUACACGACGGUGGAUUACUCAUGCUACUUCCGUUUUUACUCAAACAACAUAGAACUUGGAAAAAUUGCAAAAUGAGAAUUUUCACGGUUGCUCAAAUGGAAGAUAAUUCGAUACAAAUGAAAAAAGGAUUGAAAAAAUUUUUAUAUCAAUUGCGAAUUGAUGCGGAAGUCGAAGUCAUAGAAAUGGUCGACAGUGACAUUUCAGCGUACACAUACGAGAGAACAUUAAUGAUGGAACAACGAAAUCAAAUGCUGAGGGAACUGAGACUGAACAAAAAAGAAAGCCUUGGCGUGGUUCAGGCAAUCGUCGAUCAAUACCACGAUGUUAAAACAGCUACGAAAGUACGAUUUCAAGAACCCGGAACGGAAGAUGAUGUUAAAGAAGAAAAAGAUACGGAGACGGGAGUAGAAGAAAAAACGGUUGAGGAAAAACCUCCACCGUCAGAUGAAAAACCGGAAGUCGAUGUAAAUUCCUCUGGUGAUAAUAAUAAAAUAACGGAAAAGGAAAUAUCAGAUUCUGGUGAUAAUGAUAAACCAUCAAAUUUUACACCAGACGAAGGAAACGUGAGGCGAAUGCACACGGCUGUGAAAUUGAAUGAAGUCAUUGUAAAUAAAUCAUACGAAGCUCAGCUCGUUAUAUUGAACCUUCCAGGACCCCCGAGAGAAACUAAAAUGGAAAGAGAAGCAAACUACAUGGAAUUUUUAGAAGUUUUGACGGAAGGUUUAGAAAGAGUUUUAAUGGUGAGAGGUGGAGGUCGAGAAGUCAUAACCAUUUAUUCGUGA